AUGACUCUACGCCGGGUGAUGAUGGCCCUGGUGGCUCUGGUGGCCCUUUCGGCCGGAGCCCUCCGUGCGCAGUCCAUCCUCCCCACAACUGCUACCACCUGCGCUCAGGGGGCCCUGUCGUUCUCCUCUCGGCCGGUCGACACAGUCCCCUCGCUGGUGUCCUCCCAGCCGCUGGUCCUGCUUCGCGGCGUGACGGACAUGAGCACCAUCGACAGUCCCACCUACCAGGCGGACUUCACCGGCAGCAAUCAGGGCACCCAAUUGGCAGCGAACCUCAUCCAAUCCCAGGUCCUUCUCUUUCAGCAAGCCUCUCUAGACACGCAGCUGAAUCCCGACCACCGAUGGGGCUCGAGCUUCGGCUACUCGACCUUGGUCUUCGGAAACACGCAGACCAUCGGCCAGGAGGUCCAGCUGUUGCCCACCUACGACAGCUCGCCGGCCUUCAUGCUGCGCACCAACUCCGACCUGACGAUCACCCACGACUCGCGGGCCUUGAGCUAUGGCCCGGGGCUCUGGCCGGUGGCGAUAUCCUUCCGCUCAUCGGACCCCUUCCUGGUGGCGCGGGACGCCUCCGGGCAGCAUCGCCUGGUGGAGUAUGACAAUGGCUCGCCGCGCACAUUCGCCAUUGAGGCACCGCUGACCGCGGCCGGGCACUUCCGCGCCGGGGCUGGCCGGGUCAUCUUCGCCUGGGUCAACUCCGCCCUGUACACCGUGACCCGGGGGUCCUCCGGCAGCCUGGACCUGGUUCUCCAAGCCAUGCCCUCGUGUCAGAUCGUGGACUUCGCCGCCACGCGCGUCCUCGCCACGAGCGCCCGGCGUGAGGAUGUGCUGGUGCUCUUCGAUGACCGGUCCUUCCUGGUGCUGCUCAACUUCGAUGAGGAAAUUGACUCCGACACCGCGGUCUAUGCUGGGACUCUGCCGGCCGAGGUGUCGAACGAUGGGCGCAUCGUGCAUGUGCCCUCCACCGACACCCGGUCGCCGGUCGGGUGGGUGCUGUACCUGGACCAUUCGCCGCCGAGCGCCGCCGGGGCCACCGUGCCGGGCGCCGCCGAUGCCCGUGUCACCUCCCGGCCGGCCCUCUGGCGGGUGUCCUUCGGGAGCCCGAUCACCUGGCAGCCGGUGGCCCUGCCCUCCUCGUCGGAUGCGACAACCGUGCAGGCCUUCUUCAGUGGCUCGCUCAACCAGUGGAUCAUGACCGACGGCCUGCGGGGGCUGUACACUCCGGAGCAAUUCAAGUGUGCCGUCGACCACUCGAUCACCUGUGAUCCGAUGGUCCCCGGCCGGCUGGGCGCCACCUCGCCCGAGGGUUGGACAUGCAUCCCCGGCCAGGUCUUGUCGCCCAUGCGCCUGCCGAAUCGCCUGUGCUCCGGCUGCCCGGCCGGCUACUUCCUCCAGCCUGACGGGCAGGACCCCAAUGUCUUCGAGUGCGUCGCCUGUCCGAGUGGCUGCGACGCCUGCAUCGGCGAUACCUGCCUGGCCUGCGGGGGGGAUUUGCUUCUCCUGACCGAGGGCCAGACCACCCGGUGUGUGGCCACCUGCCCGGAAGGCACCCGGGCUGGGAUGGAUCACUGCAUGGGGGAGACCGCCAAGCCGGCCAUCCAGUUCCAGCUUCAGCCGGCCACCCCGCCGGCAGAUGUGACCCUGUCGAUCGUCGGCCUGGCCCGGACGUCGAUCAUGGUCAAGGAGGGCGUGCUGCAUCUGCCGAUGGCCUUUCCCCCGGCCGAGUACCACUACUUUGCCAUGCUCUCCACCGGACAGGUGGCCUGGUUCAAUGGGCGGGACAUCGAGCCAGUCGGGUCGACCUCCGAUGUCGAGCCUCUGCCACUGGUGUGGGCCCCCCUGCCGCACGCGACCACCACGUCCCUGGUGGAAUUGGGCCCCUUCAACCAUGAGGGGGCCCAGGUGCUGGUGCUUUUUUCGUGUUCGCAAAACAGCCUCUUUUACACCAUCCUGCGGUGCGGCAUCGGCGGUCAGGGGGCCUCCUGCCCCUCCGCCAGCAGCUCGCCGAUUUUGCUUUCCUCCGGGGCUUGCUACAACAUUCGGGCCUUCGACGAGCGCCGGGUGACCGCCUACCUGGGGCAGUAUGUGGCCUUCGAGGUGAAGGAUGACACCGGCCAGGUGUCCAUUCAGACGAUCAAUGUGUUGCCGACCGUCCCGCAGGCUGGGCCGCCGGUUCCGGCUCUCGGCCCGGACCCCGCUCCCCCAGGCAACCAGGCCGUCUGGUCGAUCCUGGGCGACUCCAUGGGCGCGCUGUAUCUGGCGCCGCUGACGGUCGUCGGGCAGAGGGACCCGCGAUUCGCCUGGCGCCCGAUGGUCACCGCACCGCACGGCUUCUCGGUGCUGAAUUUGGCCACCGGACAUGGCGAUCCGGCCUUCGAGACCGUUUGGACCGGGAUGACCGGCCAGAGCACGAGCACCUUCUGGGAGGCCAGGUAUGGUCCGCUUGGCACGCGGCCGCAUGGUCGCACCUCCGACUUGCACGAGAUCCGGCAACGUGUGCUCUUCCGAUCUUUCUCGGUGCUGAAUUUGGCCACCGGACAUGGCGAUCCGGCCUUCGAGACCGUUUGGACCGGGAUGACCGGCCAGAGCACGAGCACCUUCUGGGAGGCCAGGUAUGGUCCGCUUGGCACGCGGCCGCAUGGUCGCACCUCCGACUUGCACGAGAUCCGGCACAGGCUGUUUGAGGUCCCGCCGGCCGUCCAACUGGGCGGCAUCUUCGCCCUGACCCUCGGCCUGCCGGACUUCCCGUCGGCUCUGCUGCUGCUGCUGUCGAACCAGGUGGUGGUUUCGAUGUUCCACUGCCCGGCCGGCGGGGCGGCCCUAUGUCGCCUUCUGCCCGGGGUCAGCGUCCCCCUGCCGAUCAACUUCUCCUCAUUCCACUGCCCGGCCGGCGGGGCGGCCCUAUGUCGCCUUCUGCCCGGGGUCAGCGUCCCCCUGCCGAUCAACUUCUCCUCAACCGUAAGUGCCAUGACCAUUGUGCCCUUUUCCGGGGCCCCGCCCGGGGCUGGGGCCCUUGACGGGGCCUCCGGCCCCAGUGUGUCCUUCCUGCUGGCAUGUUCGGGCCAGCAGGUGCUGCGUAUGGACCUGGCAGUGGCCCCCUGCCCGGCCGGGCGCUUUGGCUCGCUCUGUCAGCCAUGCCACGCAUCCUGCCUGGAUGAAUGCACGGGCCCGGGCCCGGAGGAUUGCCUGGCUUGUCGGGCUUGGCACAUUCACCAGCCGGGUGUGUGCUUGGUGGAGUGCCCGCCCGACACGACGCCCCUGCCGCACCGUGGAUGUACCCCGUGCUCGGGGGUGUGCGACACCUGUGGCCUUAUCCCCAGCCUGGACCGGCACAUGUGCACGGCCUGCCCGGAUAUGUUCUUCCUCGAGGUGGACCCGGCGGCGGCGCCAACACCGGCCGGGGUGUGCCUGCCUUGCCAUUUCAGCUGCCAUACCUGCACCGGGCCGACCGGCGCCGAUUGCUUGACCUGCCCGGCAGGCAUGCCCUGGCACGAGAACCGCUGUGUGACCUCAUGCCCGCCGGGCUUCUGGAACGACCAAGCCAGCUCAUCCUGCCUGGCUUGCCCGACCGGCUGUGCCUCGUGUCUGUCGCCAGUCAAGUGCACCAACUGCCGUGUGGGCUUCUUCCCGAAUGGCUCCGGUGCUUGUGCUCCGUGCGAUGCUUCCUGCCACACCUGCGCCGGGGGGGCUGGCGCCUGUACGGCCUGUCGGCCGGGGCUGGUAUUCUUGGAUGCCGAUCCCAAUGAGGCCAGCAUCUGCGGGUCGACUUGCGCCGCGGGGGACUUCCUCCCGGCGGCGGCCAACCGGUGUGCCGCAUGCGACCCUUCGUGUGCCCUCUGCUCCGGGAGCAAGGACAAUUGCACCGUGUGCGCGGCCGGCCACCGGUGGGCCAGUGGCACCGUCGGCCCCGGGGAGUGUGUCGCCUGUGGGUCUGGCUGCCGCACGUGCACGGCCACCCGGUGCUUGACCUGCGCAGCCGGGCAGUGGCUCACUCCGGAGGGCACCUGCCAGCCGGGCUGUCCAGCUGGCUGGUUCGCCGACGCGGGAACCGUCGAUGGGACUGGCGCCGGCGGGGGCGAGUGCCAGAUGUGCGAUGUCGAGUGUGCCGAAUGUGACCAGUCGGCCGGGCACUGCACCGCCCCUUGA